AAUAUCACUCAAAAUGGACACCAAAAUGAGCUACAACGGAUAUUCUGCCAAUCCUCCCCCGACCUGGGCCCAGGAACCUCAAUAUGGGCAACCUCAUCAGGCCUACCAACAGCCCUACCAACCCUACCAAGAACAGUACCCUGCGCAGCCUCCAGCCCAGUAUCCACCACCCCAUCCCGGUUACUCUCAGUCCUCGACGCCAGCAUGGGGCUUGAAUCCAAAAUCGUACCCCCGCCGCCUCGAGGUCUCCUUUACCAGCUGGUCGGGCCGGCACAUGCGUGUCACAGAGGGCACCCACGAAGGGCCCCUCGUCUACGCAGCCGAUCUCAAGACCCGCCGGCCACAUAUGCUCUUCCAAGCGACCGGGACCGCCUGUCUCCCCGCUACAGUAGUCUUCCACAACUUCAGCCGCACUGUCGAUAUCACCAUCAACGGCGAGGAAUUGCCGAUGCGCCCAACAAGCCAUUGGAAGCACAGCAAGGGUUGGACAGGGAUGAACCUGGAGUGUGUGGAUGAGAAUGGCGUCGUGUUUGCUAAGUGGAUGGCGCAUACUGGCUGGAGCGUGAAGAAGUCGGGCCGGCUCGAGAUCUACGAGCCUGCUGCGGUCGGUGGCAAGGAAAUGGCCGAUGAGUUGGUUGUAACAGGGCUGGCCAAUGUUUAUCUGCUGCAGAUACAGACGAACAGUGCAAACGCAGCUGCUGGCAGUGCUGCUGCGGUUUCCGCUUGA